GGGCGCAACGCUAAAACGCCAAUGGAGUACAGUGAGCGAGUGUUGUGCGCAACAGGCGAACUGGAGCUGGAUCCUAACAUUGUCAGCGAGGAAGCGGGAAAGUUGUAUUCUGAACUACAGACUAUUAUCGAGACUCAUGGUGAGGGUGUGGUGGAGUCGCUAGUGCCCAUUUUUGUGUGGGUACUAGAAGGCCUCGCUAGCUGCAAAGCCCAACUGAGAGAAAGAGAAGAUGAAGCGGCUAGAGAGAGAGCUGAACGUGAGGGCUUGCUGGAGCGAUACCAGGCGGAAAAAGCGCAAAGGAAAGAAAGUCAAGAGAGGUAUUUGGAGCUGGAUGACCAAAUAGAGCAGGAAAGGAGAGCCAUGAGAGGGAGGGAAAAGGAGCGAGAAAGCAGAGAAAAACGCCUCGAAAAGAAAGCUAGGGAGCAAGCGGAUCAAUUGGUGGCCUUGGAAGAGCAGAAGUCAGCCUUGGGAAGAGAACUGAGUACGCUGAGGUUAACACAUAACAAGUUGGCUCACUCAUAUCGAGAGUUGCUAGAAAAGAGGAAGGACUCAGAGAGAGAUUCACCCUCGAGGAAUCACACACAGUCCAAAAAUGCUGAAGUCCCAUCCAAAGAAGUCUUGUCAGAUACAAAUUCUCAGGUAAAUUUAAGCCAAAGCCUCCACUCCAACUCUGGUACUCUCCAUUUGGAUGAUGUAGAAGCCAAAGAAGAUAAGGAGAUGGAUAUCAUAAAAUCUGCCUCUGAUCAGUUUGUCAACGACAUCAUAAGCUCCACUCCUGAACUGAGAGACUUCCACAGCUCUUGGGAUGAUGCAAGCACCCCAGCAAGACCUAGCACAGAAACAUCUGAAACCAGCUUUGAGGAUGAGCUCAAAAAGGACAAGGUGGAAGAAGAAAAUGGAGGAGGGCCGCAGGAGCAGUCCAAGGAGAAGGAAAUGAAUAACCACGAUGAUGAAGAGCUUGAAGAAGACAGCAUGGAAUGGGAGCUACGUAACACAGACUCGGUUUUCUCAGAGCUGUCGGAGUUGAGUCAGGAUUUUGUGGAGAGUGUUGACCAAGGAGCUAGUGUCAGAGGCAGUGCUGACCAGUUUGAGCAGAUUCUUUCUCAGUACGAGGAAUUGAAAAGCACCCAUGAGUUGGUAGAGGCUGCCCGUAAGGCUCUCAUAUCUCGUGUAAUGGAGCUGACGGAUGACCGUUCUACUCUAAAACUGGAAGUUGCCUCUCUUCGGGAAACCGUGUCACGAGUUGACGGCAGGAUAAAGGAGAGAGAGGAGGAAAUUAAAAGACUUCGAGAAAAACUGGAGAAAUAUCAAUCGGCAGAUCCUGAUGCCUCAUUAUCCACAUCCAUGCGACACUUCUCUCGCUCGGAAAUGGCUCGCGUGGUCAUGGAGAAGAACCAGUACAAACAGCGACUGUUUGAACUGCAAGAGGCAAUGAGGCAAAGUCAGACACUCAGGGCGACAAAAGAAGAAAGGCUCUCAGAAGAGAGACGGUCGAGCGUUUGGGCUAAGUUUAAUCGUUUUUUUGGCCUGAGCAAACAACCGUUGAUUCUACCUCGUACAACUUUACCAUCAGUCAAUCUCCCUCUUGUGCCGACACCUCAACAGCGACAGGAAGUCAAUCGAAGCCAGGCGGAAUCAUCUGCCGCUGCAGUUUUAUCUCCUCGUGCCAGAAGGAGAGAACUCUACAGAGAGAUUCGCUCUCACGUUUGGGGAACGCUAGGAAAGCGUCAGCUGCACGGCUGGAGUGUGCCUCUGGUUAAUACUCAGGAAUCUCAGGAAUCUGUCCAAGACCCCAAAGAUGUUCCGGUCUUAACACAGCUCAGACUCCUGGACCAAAGAGACUCUACUGCAAAGCUGAAUUGCGCCGUUGCAGUCCCACCUGAGAUCUCUGGAGAGGCAACCUGCUCUGUGUGGGUAGUUUCUGGCCCCGCCUCCAACAGUGGCGUCUCAGUGAUUGACCCUGCUCGAUCCAACACUGUCCUGGAUCAGUUCAACCUCCCCCCCACAGCUCCUGCCCUCUGCAUCUGUGCCGUGCCCCCCGUCGGAGACUAUCCCGGAACUGUAUGGAUUGGAACUCAGGAAGGAAGUGUAGUGAUACAUUCGGCCUCUGCAGACAGGGGGCACUGUUUGCACUCAGUUUCCCUCUCUGAAAGUGUUCAUUCAUUAAAAUACACCCAAGGUCAAGUCAUAGCAGGUUUAGGUGAUGGGACUUUAGCAUUCUUUUCCAGUAGUUCAGGUGGUUGGAACCUGCAGUCACAUUCAUUGAUGCUACUGGGAUCAAACCCUGUGCAGCCUAUUCGCUGCUGCCUUGCCAAAGGGGGUCGUAUGUGGGUUGGAUAUUGGAACAAAGUUCAUGUGGUUGACAUUAACAAGAGAAAGGUGGAGCAUGUUUUUCCAGUCUCGGAGCGCAGUGAGCAGCAGGUUCGUUUCCUCUGUGCUGGAGGAAGUGGCGUCUGGACGUCCUGCAGACUCGACUCCAUUCUCAGACUUUUUGACUGGGCAACUGGACAGCCGUUACAGGAAGUGGAUUUUGCUACUAUGGUUACCAAAUCGUUAGGCCCGGCUUUCCUGACACUCUCGCCUCUUCAGAUCACCUCUCUGUGUGUCAUCUCCAGCCGUCUGUGGGUGGGUACGGCAGGCGGGGCAAUCAUCUCCAUCCCUUUGUCCAUAACGUCUGAAGCAAUUUCCAUCCCAUAUUGCUCUUCUGCAACAGCCCAGCUAUGUUAUCAUGGACACCGACAAGCUGUCCGCUUUAUCAUUGCUGCACCAGGUUGCUUGAUGGCGACUGCUAGCAAAGACGUUACAAGCUCUCAGCUUAUCCUCAGUGGAGGGGAAGGCUACAUUAACUUCCGUAUCGGUGACGAUGAGAGCGACGGGUCAGUGGAGUUGUGCCAGGUGACGCCACAGCGAUUCGAACGCAGUCACAUGAUCAUUUGGCAGAAUCCGGCCACGCUUGUGACCAACUCUGCCGUCUAA